AUGGCUCGCAAGUUCGCACUCCUUUCUCUCCUUCUGGGUCUUGCCUCGGCUCAGAAGCCCGGCAAUACUCCAGAAGUCCAUCCCAAGCUCACUACCUACCGCUGCACCCACCUCCAGGGAUGCCGCCCGGAGACGAACUACAUCGUCCUCGACUCCCUCUCCCAUCCCGUGCACCAGGUGAACUCCAACGCGAACUGCGGCGACUGGGGCAACCCGCCCCCGCGCAACGUCUGCCCUGACGUCGAGACCUGCGCGCAGAAUUGCAUCAUGGAGGGCAUCCCAGAUUACUCGGCCUACGGUGUGACCACCUCUGGCUCUUCUCUCCGCUUGAAACAGAUCCAUCAGGGCCGCGUCACCUCCCCUCGUGUCUACCUUCUCGACAAGACGGAGCAGCAGUAUGAAAUGAUGCGUCUCACCGGCUUCGAGUUCACCUUCGACGUUGACGCGACAAAGCUCCCCUGCGGCAUGAACGCUGCACUCUAUCUCUCCGAGAUGGACGCUACCGGCGCCCGCUCCCGCCUCAACCCCGGCGGCGCCUACUACGGCACGGGCUACUGCGACGCGCAGUGCUUCGUCACUCCCUUCAUCAACGGCAUCGGCAACAUCGAGGGGAAAGGCUCAUGCUGCAACGAGAUGGAUAUCUGGGAGGCCAACUCGCGCAGCCAGUCCAUUGCCCCGCAUACCUGCAACAAGCAGGGUCUCUACAUGUGCUCCGGCCAGGAGUGCGAGUUCGACGGCGUCUGCGACAAGUGGGGUUGCACAUGGAACCCGUACAAGGUCAAUGUCACCAAUUACUACGGCCGCGGCCCGCAGUUUAAGGUCGACACAACUCGUCCUUUCACCGUCAUCACCCAGUUUCCGGCAGAUCAGAACGGCAAGCUGACGUCGAUUCAUCGCAUGUAUGUGCAAGAUGGCAAGUUGAUCGAGGCGCAUACCGUCAACCUGCCGGGUUAUCCUCAGGUGAACGCUCUGAACGAUGACUUCUGCCGUGCUACGGGAGCCGCGACGAAGUACCUUGAGCUGGGUGCCACCGCGGGCAUGGGCGAGGCGUUGAGGCGUGGUAUGGUGCUGGCCAUGAGCAUCUGGUGGGAUGAAAGCGGCUUCAUGAACUGGCUCGAUAGCGGCGAGUCUGGGCCGUGCGACCCGAACGAGGGUAACCCACAGAACAUUCGCCGGAUUGAGCCCGAGCCGGAGGUUACCUAUAGCAACCUGCGCUGGGGUGAGAUUGGCUCGACUUAUAAGCACAAUCUGAAGGGCGGCUGGACUGGCAGGAAGUAA